GACACGCCAGAUCACUGAGCGAUAUCAGGUAUUGAUGUAACUGGAGUGAAUAAGGGAACCUUCUUCCUGAGCACAGACAUUGGAGCCUGUUAUCAGCAUGAACUCAUGUGUGUUAGACAAACAUGAAUAGUUCAUAUCCAUCCUUCACUAUAGGAAGCAUCAGAAUGAUACCGCAAACUCCAAAAGUCUUAGACGCUAAUGACUAUUCACAAACAUUGGGGAUAUCACAGCAGAUAUUUAAAGAAGAUGGUGAAUUGGCAGGAACUGUGAAGCAAUCAUUAUGUACAGAGAGUAAUUUAGUAAUCAAACAAGAGGACAACAUUUAUGAGUUAUCUAGUGAAAUUAUUAUCCCAGAGGAUACACCACACAGAUUUACUGAGUUUUCAAAACAUAUUAAAGAAGGGAAAAGUCUACAGUCUAGCCAAAUGAUUCAUACAAAGGAGAAAUCUUUCAAAUCUACUAAAUGUCAGAAAAGCGUUAGAUGGGAGUCUCCUCUACUAGAACACUACAAAAUUCACACAGGUGAGAAACCACACACAUGUCCUGAGUGCGGCAAAUGUUUUACACAAAUGGAUCAUCUGAAAACUCAUAAAAAGAUUCACACAGGAGAAAAGCCAUUCACAUGUACAGAGUGUGGAAAAAGUUUUACACAAAAGGGUAGUCUGAAAACUCAUGAAAGAAGUCACACAGGAGAAAAGCCUUUCACAUGUACAGAGUGUGGAAAAUGUUUUACACACAAGAGUGAUCUGAAAAAGCAUGAUAGGAGUCACACAGGAGAAAAGCCUUUCACAUGUACAGAGUGUGGAAAAAGUUGUACACAAAAGAGUGAUCUGAAAAAGCAUGAAAGGAGUCACACAGGAGAAAAGCCUUUCACAUGUACAGAGUGUGGAAAAAGUUUUACACAAAAGAGUGAUCUGAAAAAGCAUGAAAGGAUUCACACAGGAGAAACCCCUUUCACAUGUACAGUGUGUGGAAAAAGUUUUACAGGUAUUAAUAAUCUGAAAGCUCAUGAAAGGAUUCACACAGGAGAAAAGCCUUUCAUAUGUACAGAGUGUGGAAAAAGUUUUACACGUAUGAAUAAUCUUAAAAAGCAUGAAAGGAGUCACACAGGAGAAAAGCCUUUCAUAUGUACAGAGUGUGGAAAACGUUUUACAGAAAAGAGUAGUCUGAAAAAGCAUGAAAGGAGUCACACAGGAGAAAAGCCUUUCACUUGUACAGAGUGUGGAAAAGGUUUUACAUAUAUACAUUGUCUGAAAUCUCAUGAAAUGAUUCACACAGGAGAAAAGCCUUUCACAUGUACAGAGUGUGGAAAAAGUUUUACACAUAUGAAUAAUCUGAAAACUCAUGAAAGGAUUCACACAGGAGAAAAGCCUUUCACAUGUACAAAGUGUGGAAAAUGUUUUACAGAAAAGAGUAAACUGAAAACUCAUGAAAGGAGUCACACAGGAGAAAAGCCUUUCACAUGUACAGAGUGUGGAAAAUGUUUUACACACAAGAAUGAUCUGAAAAAGCAUGAAAGGAGUCACACAGGAGAAAAGCCUUUCACAUGUACAGAGUGUGGAAAACGUUUUACACAUCAAAAUUGUCUGAAAAUUCAUGAAAAGAUUCACACAGGAGAAAACACAUGUACAGAGUGUGGAAAAAGUUUUACACGUAUGAAUAAUCUGAAAAUUCAUGAAAGGAUUCACACAGGAGAAAAGCCUUUCACUUGUACAGAGUGUGGAAAAUGUUUUACAGAAAAGAGAAAACUGAAAACUCAUGAAAGGAGUCACACAGGAGAAAAGCCGUUCACAUGUACAGAGUGUGGAAAAUGUUUUACACACAAGAGUGAUCUGAAAAAGCAUGAAAGGAGUCACACAGGAGAAAAGCCGUUCACAUGUACAGUGUGUGGAGAAAGUUUUACACAAAUGUAUUAUCUGAAAACUCAUGAAAUAAUUCACAAUGGAAGAAACCUUUCACAUGUUUAUAAAGUGGAAAAAAGGGAACCUGUCUUGAGACAAAUAAAUAUGGCCUUCACACUAUCCGAUGAGCAAUGGGAGGCAGAGCUAAAAGAAUCACUGACUAAUACUAAUUUGGAAAGCAGUGAUUUAGAAACAAACGUGUUUAAUGCUUUCAAGAAGUAUAAAGGGUGUAUAGUUAAGCAAGUAAAGCUUAGAGCAGAGAAUUCAAGUCUUGUCAACUAUGUGGAGAAAAAAAUCGUCCCUAGAGGGCUAAGACUAUUCUUGGAUCCUGGAUUUAAUGCCAGAGAAGAAGAGGGUGGUCUUGAUUUUCUAGAAGAAUGGAAGGGUAAACUAUCUACUUGUGCACUUGAUAUGAUUGAUAUGUUGAUUAAAAGAAACCAUAAGAGGUUAGAUAAAAUUAAAGAUGACGUAGAACAAGCAUUACAGGUUGUAAAUAAAUUUGAGAAUGAUCCAAACUUUGCAAAAUUAAAUGAAGAAACCAAAACACACAUCUCUAGGUUACAAGCAGAAAUAAAACUAAAUUUAACACACAUUGAGGUUUUAAAAAAAGGACUAACCUUUUGUCCAUCAAACAAAUUAAACAAGUUUGAACUAGUAAAGGAUCUUCAUCUGUUUGCUAGAAAAAUAGUUUUACAUUAUACUAUGCAUCAGAAUAAAUCUGAACAGAAAAAGGAUGAGGAAACUAUAAUGGUUCUAGAGUCCCUUUUGAAUGAAAAUGAAGACAGGGAAAGACUUGUGAAAGGUUGCAGUGAUUUAAAAACAAAUCUGCAACCUAAAUCAACAUACAUGCCUUCGCUAGCACAGGUUCCCAUUGUCUCAAUGUUUGUUAAAGCGGUUGAAAGGGAAAUAGAAAAAUUACCUGACGACUGGAUUCAGUCUGACAAUUUAAGUUUCAAAGAGAGACAAGCACUGAAAGAACUAAGUACAGCAAAAGGGGUAAUUUUUAAGCCAGCCGACAAGGGCGGAAAUCUAGUUCUUCUAGAUGAGUCCUAUUAUCUUAAUGAGGAGCCAGCAAUCAUUAAAGAUCUACACAUUGCUAUACAAUGGGUUGUCAAGAAUGAGGCACUGUUCUGUGGGCGCAUAACCAUGCCAAGUUAUGUGUCAAUGAAUGAAGAUGACCGCCAGAAGGCCAUAGAUAACGUGAUGCAAAGAGAAGAACCAGAAGCAAGGGAGCCAUUCCUCUUUGUAUUUCAGCACAGAGAAGAUAUGGAGUUGUUUUUGCAGCACAUGAAUAGUUCAUAUCCAUCCUUCACUAUAGGAAGCAACAGAAUGAUACCGCAAACUCUAAAAGUCUUAGACACUAAUGACUAUUCACAAACAUUGGGGAUAUCACAGCAGCUAUUUAAAGAAAAUGGUGAAUUGGCAGGAACCGUGAAGCAAUCAUUAUGUACAGAGAGUAAUUUAGUAAUCAAACAAGAGGACAACAUUUAUGAGUUAUCUAGUGAAAUUAUUAUCCCAGAGGAUACACCACACACAUUUACUGAGUUUUCAAAACCUAUUAAAGAAGGGAAAAGUCUACAGUCUAGCCAAAUGAUUCAUACAAAGGAGAAAUCUUUCAAAUCUACAAAAUGUCAGAAAAGCUUUAGAUGGGAGUCUCCUCUACUAGAACAUUACAAAAUUCACACAGGUGAGAAACCACUCACAUGUCCUGAGUGCGGCAAAUGCUUUACACAAAUGGAUCAUCUGAAAACUCAUAAAAAGAUUCACACCGGAGAAAAGCCGUUCACAUGUACAGAGUGUGGAAAAAGUUUUACACAAAUGUAUUGUCUGAAAACUCAUGAAAUGAUUCACACAGGAGAAAAUCCUUUCACAUGUAGAGUGUGUGGAAAAUGUUUCACAGAAAAGUGUAGUCUGAAAACUCAUGAAAGAAGUCACACAGGAGAAAAGCCGUUCACAUGUACAGAGUGUGGAAAACGUUUUACACACAAGAGUGAUCUGAAAAAGCAUAAAAGGAGUCACACAGGAGAAAAGCCUUUCACAUGUACAGAAUGUGGAAAAAGUUUUACACGUAUGAAUAAUCUGAAAACUCAUGAAAGGAUUCAUACAGGAGAAAAGCCGUUUACAUGUACAGAGUGUGGAAAAUGUUUUACACACAAGAGUGAUCUGAAAAAGCAUGAAAGGAUUCACACAGGAGAAAAGCCUUUCACAUGUACAGAGUGUGGAAAAAGUUUUAUACGCAAUAGUUAUCUGAAAAUUCAUGAAAGGAUUCACACAGGAGAAAAGCCUUUCACAUGUACAGAGUGUGGAAAAAGUUGUACACACAAGAGUGAUCUGAAAAUUCAUGAAAGGAUUCACACAGGAGAAAAGCCUUUCACAUGUGCAGAGUGUGGAAAAAGUUUUACACAUAUACAUUGUCUGAAAAUUCAUGAAAGGAUUCACACAGGAGAAAAGCCUUUCACAUGUGCAGAGUGUGGAAAAAGGUUUACACGAAUAGAUAAUCUGAAAGCUCAUGAAAGGAGUCACACAGGGGCAAAGCCUUUUACAUGUAAAGAGUGUGGAAAAUGUUUUACAGGAAAGAAUAAUCUGAAAACUCAUGAAAGGAUUCACACAGGAGAAAAGCCUUUCACAUGUACAGAGUGUGGAAAAAGUUUUACACAUAUGAACAAUCUGAAAACUCAUGAAAGGAGUCACACAGGAGAAAAGCCUUUCACAUGUACAGAGUGUGGAAAAAGUUUUACACAAAAGAGUGAUCUGAAAACUCAUGAAAGGAGUCACACAGGAGAAAAGCCUUUCACAUGUACAGAGUGUGGAAAAAGUUUUACACAUAUGAAUUAUCUGAAAACUCAUGAAAGGAUUCACACAGGAGAAAAGCCUUUCACAUGUACAGAGUGUGGAAAAAGUUUUACACAUAUACAUUGUCUGAAAAUUCAUGAAAGGAUUCACACAGGAGAAAAGCCUUUCACAUGUACAGAGUGUGGAAAAAGUUUUACACAAAAUAGUAAUCUGAAAAAGCAUGAAAGGAGUCACACAGGAGAAAGCGUUUCACAUGUACAGAGUGUGGGAAAAGUUUUACACAUACACAUGAAUAGUUCAUAUCCAUCCUUCACUAUAGGAAGCAACAGAAUGAUACCGCAAACUCUAAAAGUCUUAGACACUAAUGACUAUUCACAAACAUUGGGGAUAUCACAGCAGCUAUUUAAAGAAGAUGGUGAAUUGGCAGGAACCGUGAAGCAAUCAUUAUGUUCAGAGAGUAAUUUAGUAAUCAAACAAGAGGACAACAUUUAUGAGUUAUCUAGUGAAAUUAUUAUCCCAGAGGAUACACCACACACAUUUACUGAGUUUUCAAAACCUAUUAAAGAAGGGAAAAAACUACAGUCUAGCCAAAUGAUUCAUACAAAGGAGAAAUCUUUCAAAUCUACAAAAUGUCAGAAAAGCUUUAGAUGGGAGUCGCCUCUACUAGAACAUUACAAAAUUCACACAGGUGAGAAACCACACACAUGUCCUGAGUGUGGCAAAUGCUUUACUCAUAAAAAGAUUCACACCGGAGAAAAGCCGUUCACAUGUACAGAGUGUGGAAAAAGUUUUACACAAAUGUAUUGUCUGAAAACUCAUGAAAUGAUUCACACAGGAGAAAAUCCUUUCACAUGUACAGUGUGUGGAAAAUGUUUCACAGAAAAGUGUAGUCUGAAAACUCAUAAAAGGAGUCACACAGGAGAAAAGCCUUUCACAUGUACAGAAUGUGGAAAAAGUUUUACACGUAUGAAUAAUCUGAAAACUCAUGAAAGGAUUCAUACAGGAGAAAAGCCGUUUACAUGUACAGAGUGUGGAAAAUUUUUUACACACAAGAGUGAUCUGAAAAAGCAUGAAAGGAUUCACACAGGAGAAAAGCCUUUCACAUGUACAGAGUGUGGAAAAAGUUUUAUACGCAAUAGUUAUCUGAAAAUUCAUGAAAGGAUUCACACAGGAGAAAAGCCUUUCACAUGCACAGAGUGUGGAAAAAGUUGUACACACAAGAGUGAUCUGAAAAUUCAUGAAAGGAUUCACACAGGAGAAAAGCCUUUCACUUGUGCAGAGUGUGGAAAAAGUUUUACACAUAUACAUUGUCUGAAAAUUCAUGAAAGGAUUCACACAGGAGAAAAGCCUUUCACAUGUGCAGAGUGUGGAAAAAGGUUUACACGAAUAGAUAAUCUGAAAGCUCAUGAAAGGAGUCACACAGGGGCAAAGCCUUUUACAUGUAAAGAGUGUGGAAAAUGUUUUACAGGAAAGAAUAAUCUGAAAACUCAUGAAAGGAUUCACACAGGAGAAAAGCCUUUCAAAUGUACAGAGUGUAUAAAAAGUUUUACACAAAUAAAUCAUCUAAAAAAUCAUGAAAGGAUUCACACAGGAGAAAAGCCUUUCACAUGUACAGAGUGUGGAAAAAGUUUUACACAAAAGAGUGAUCUGAAAACUCAUGAAAGGAGUCACACAGGAGAAAAGCCUUUCACAUGUACAGAGUGUGGAAAAAGUUUUACACAUAUGAAUUAUCUGAAAACUCAUGAAAGGAUUCACACAGGAGAAAAGCCUUUCACAUGUACAGAGUGUGGAAAAAGUUUUACACAUAUACAUUGUCUGAAAAUUCAUGAAAGGAUUCACACAGGAGAAAAGCCUUUCACAUGUACAGAGUGUGGAAAAAGUUUUACACAAAAUAGUAAUCUGAAAAAGCAUGAAAGGAGUCACACAGGAGAAAGCGUUUCACAUGUACAGAGUGUGGGAAAAGUUUUACACAUAUAAAUUGUCUGAAAACUCAUGAAAUAAUUCACAAGGGAAGAAACCUUUCACAUGUUUAUAAAGUAGAAAAAAGGUUUUCCAUUUAAAGGGAAGGAGAGUCCUCGGCUUCAUUCAUUACUAGUGGGAAUUAAGAACAUGGCCACUGGGAGGCAGCAAAGACACCACAGCCAAAGGCUUAAAUACCUCCCCCACUCCCCUCAUCCCCCAGUCAUUCUUUGUCUUUCAUUACAGGGGGUGGCAGAGAGGUGCUGGAAAAUCGGAGGUCUCCCCUCUUGUAAGGUGUAUCCAGUCCACGGAUUCAUCCAUUACUUGUGGGAUAUUCUCCUUCCCAACAGGAAGCUG